AUGUCAACUGAACAAAGACCUUCCGAUGGUUAUAAAUUUUGUCAGCAAGAUUUAUCUAAAGAAUGGGCUAUUUCCAAAACAAAGCGAUGGAUUGAUGAUCAAAUGCAACAAAUAAUUCUAAUUAAAAGUAUUAAUAUCAAUUUAGAUAUUUCACAAAAAAAUAAUUUAGAGACAAAUAAAAAUGUAAUGAUAGAUAUUGAUGAUUCUAAAAUUGUUGAAAAAGUUACAGAAUCAAUAGGAAAGGCGGCAUAUAGUAUUGAAAAAUAUGAAACUUUGGAAAUUGUAUUAGCACCAUUAAUUCAGGAGUUAAGUGAGAUUAAAUCUGGUUAUUUGGAUAAUGAAGGACAUGAUUGGAAUAUAUGUUUAUAUUUUUUAGCUAAUUGGAAAUUUUUAGCAAUUUGUUUAGAACAUAAGGCAGCCAAUGCAAAAGAUUUUUGCCUUUGGUGCUCAAUUAAAAAAAACCAAAAUGGAAUUAAAACAUAUGACUGGACUAUAUCUAAACGUAUAGAGAAUCUUAAUAUUAAUUACUUCAAAAUACCUAGUCAUAAAAGUAAACCUUUAUUUUCUAUGAUUUCUCUAACUCAUUGGGUUGUUGAUGAACUUCAUGUGAUGUUACAAAUAACAGACCAAUUGUGGUUACUUUUAGUUUCAGAGGUUGGCAUCAAAAAUAAUUCUAAAAAUAGUUUUAAUGAACUUUAUAAAGAUAUGCAUAAACAAUGUAUAGAUGGAGUUGAAUUCAAAAAAAAAGCAUUAAAUUGGAUAGAUUUAUUUCUAACUUCAUCUUCAGGAAAUCUGAAUUAUUUACAAACCUUUGUUCAAGAACUUUAUUAG